AUGGCACACCAGGCGCAUAAUAUUCCAUGGCAAGCUUUAACAGCGCAUAUCAAGCCCGUCUUCCGCAAGUACGAUGGUGCCGAUCGAGGCGAAUCCAAUUUCUACCUGUGUUACAAGUCGCAACAGGCAAAACAACUGACCUAUUUCGUCACGUCUUUCGCCAAGAAUAUCGAAAGUCACACCAGAUGUGAGCGUAAAAAAUAUCCAGAAACCUUCUUGCCACCAGCUCGAGAUGAUCUGGUGUUAUCCGAUGCCGUGGUAAAGAAGCUCAAUCCCACUGUCAUGAGAUUGCGACAACAUCAUCUUAAAGGCGGGAAGGACAGGUUCACUGAUAGACUCAUCGACCAAUCAAUAUGGAAGAACUCCAUCGAAUCUCUUUGUUGUCAUACAGACGAUGCAGAAGAGUUCGCCUGUGACUGCAUUAUUCCCCAUGCAGAACGCAGGGCCGCUGCCUUUUUCCGCUCGUACACACAAAACCCUUGCUAUCAAUUUUUUGAUUUUAAUGCGAAGGCCUUCUACAAUCUUGAAAUACUGAAGCUGUUGUUAUUAUAUGGCGAAAUGGACUUGAUCCUGCGCAUGUGCGCUCACCCAGAUGUCGACUACGCAAUGUGGCAUGAUCGAGGGCUGUGCUACGACACAUCUUCUGACUUAGGGUGGAAUCGUAUUUACGAGUAUGCCAUAGACGCAUACCUGUGUUUCAAUAUUUGCUACUGCUUUCCAGAAAUAUGGGAGCCAGCAUCUGGUCGAACAACAAAGGAAGAUUACCGCAACACGUUGUUGUAUCAACGUGUCUUAGCGACUUGUACAUCAUUUGGGGCCACCUCAGAGGUUCCAGUACUACCUCAUCGACAAUUCUUUGGUGUUUCCAACGACGAGACGUAUGACGAACGCGCACAUACCUCUGUGCAACGAGGCAAGCGAGGUUAUGGCAUGGAGCUGUGGAAGGAGUUUCUGGCAGCGGAGAAACUAGGACCAGACCCUGUUGUUGAAUCCUUCACAAUCAACUAUGUGUGCAAGGUACUGAUGCACAAGGGCCUCCCUUCAGAGUUAGUAUCGACAAUCCUAGGUUAUGUCGAACCUAUCACGAAAAACAAGCUUCAGAAACCUCUUAACCCAUUUCAUCCGGCCAAUGGAAACCAAUUGCGCAGGUAUUUAACGUAUUGCUGGCAACUCAUUAUCCGCUGCAACAUGAUGGCCCAGGCUCUCGGCAUGGACCUGAGCUGGGAAGCAGUGGUAUCCAGGAGAUUGACUGAACUUCUCUCCAGAGGCGACGGAAAGUGGUGCGAGUAUCGGGUUGGAUGUGAGGACGGGGAUCAGUGGGUUUUUAUAUGA